CUGAGAAAGGGGGUCAGAUGUGGUGCUCGCGCCGGCGCUCCUUGCGCGGUGACAGUUGGAUGGAUCCCGCCGCUCGGGUGUUAUGAAUUAGGUUGCUGUGGGCUUCACCAAGGUGACACGGCGGUAGUGCGGUGUGAUGACCCGUGGCCUGGCUUAAAACCUGGUCGUCGGGGCAACAAGCAUCACGGAAGUAACGAGGAAUCAGUCUCCGAUGUCCCUGCGCCUUCUCGCUGGCAGCUCGGGAUCGCCUCGAGGCAGUUCGGUAACUCAAGUCUCGUGUUUAAAGAAUAAUCGAGCCGCUUAAAAUAGCGGUGAAAGACUGAGCAAACUGGCGCCGUGAAAGCGGCUUUCGAGUGGUAUUGCCAUCAUUGAACCGCAUACCUGGGAUUACCGUUGACCAGAAACUGGUGACUAUUCGUUAUACAGAUUCCAGCUAGCUACAAAACCAAGUCAUCGACUCUGGGGGCACAGGAUCUGAAGACUCAUAUUUAAUAUAAGUACCACAUCCCCCAGAGCAUAUUACUGCGAGGAAAUGGCAAUUUCACGAUCUGUAAUUUCGCUGCUCAUGUUUUGUUGUGGGUUGGGCUUAGGAUUCAUCAUAUGCAGACUAGCAAUUAGUGCAAUAAAAAAAGAAGCACCUCAGCACAGUCAUCUGAUUUUCAAUGACCCUCAUGGCCACUUGGAAGACUCUCACCAUCACCAACAUCAUCAAAACCUUCAAGGAGAGAUGAACUUCAAUGCUGACGUCAGUCAACAUAAAGAUGAAAACAGAAGUGUUGCAGAUGAGCUAUAUAAAACAGUGCGAAUCCUGUGCUGGGUGAUGACUGGGCCCCAGAACCUUGCCACAAAGACCAAACAUGUCAAAGCUACAUGGAGCAAAAAAUGUAACGUCGUGCUUUUCAUGAGCUCUGAAGAAGAUAAAGAUUUCCCUACAGUGGGACUGGGUGUUAAAGAAGGCAGGGACCAAUUAUAUUGGAAAACUAUUAAAGCUUUUCAGUAUGUUCAUGAACAUCACUUGAAUGAUGCUGAUUGGUUUAUGAAAGCAGAUGAUGACACUUACGUGGUGGUUGACAAUUUGCGUUGGCUGCUAUCAAAGUACUCUCCUGACCAACCGAUAUUCUUUGGCAGAAAAUUCAAACCAUAUGUUAAGCAAGGAUACAUGAGUGGUGGAGCUGGAUAUGUGUUGAGCAAGGAAGCACUAAAAAGAUUUGUUGAUGCCUUUAAGACGGGGAAGUGCACUCAUUUUACAUCUACUGAAGAUUUGGCUAUGGGGAGAUGUAUGGAGACUGUUAACGUAGAAGCUGGUGAUUCCAGGGAUACAAAUAAAAGAGAAACAUUUCAUCCCUUUCCACCGGAACAUCACUUAUCAAAAAGUUACCUACCCAAAACCUUCUGGUACUGGAACUAUUGCUUUUACCCUGCAAAAGAGGGACCCGAAUGUUGCUCUGAUCUGGCAGUAUCAUUUCACUAUAUUGAUUCCAAGACCAUGUACUAUUUGGAAUACAUGACUUACCAUCUCCGACCAUAUGGCUACAAGUUUCGGUAUAAUCCAGAUUCUCUCCCAAAAAAGUUGGAGUAGAGAAAAUGAACUGCUGCAACAAUACCGUUAGACACAGAAAUGAAGAAAUUGUAAAAAUGCAAAUAUUUCAAAUGAAUGAAGAUUUUGAUUAUCAAAAAUAUUUUGGAAUUUCUCUCAAUGCAAGUUUUACAAAACAACAGAACUAUAUGUAAGUUUAUAAUUCACAUGAAUGAAAGUUAAUAGUUGAUGACAUCAGUUGGAUAAUUUUAUUUUGAGUGUAUUUUCUCUCUUACGACUGACUUCAACUAACUAACAAAAAGAUUUGCAACGAACCAUUUAUAGCUCUCUCAAAACUUAGUCGAAAAUACACUACCUUGUAUCUUGGUUUAGUUAGAGAUAACUCAUUUAAUUUCCAGUCUUAGCUGGGGAAGUUCAAUAUCUCCUCAAUCAGCUUCAGUUUUGCUGGGCUAGGAUAGAGGAAAAAUCAUUUGAGUUUCUGUUUCUCACUAUUUCACAUUUCCUGCUCUGGAAAAAAAUACAUAAACAUUUUUAUAAAUAACAUGAGGCAGUGACAUUCAUAGGUGAGGAACUCCUCAAUCGUAGGAACUGCUGUAUCACCUAAAUGGCCAUUUUGGAAAAAUAUGGGAGAGUUGGUAUCAUUCCAGAGCUGUAAGACUUAAGCCAGAAGGACUAAUAAAGAGUAGAAUUGAAGAUGGAGCCAUUUUUAAAAGAAAAACCUUACCAUUGCGUGUGGUGUCCAGGUGGUGUUUUAAUGAUUAUGCUUACAUCAUUGAUAAGUCCUUUUUUUUUGUUUUAAAAAUUUGGAAUUAAACCUGGGCUAAAUUUAAACUUCAGUGGUAAUAAAUGUAAAAUGAGCUGCCAACUUGCUAUCACCCAUUUUACACUGGACACACAAAGUCAGGGUUAUCCUCAAAUGAACCUUGUUUUUGAGCCUUUGUACCUCUGGCUCUUUGGCAGGGUUGUUCAAGAAGAAUUUUUCCUCUUCUUUCUUUUUCCUGUAGCCUUGCAUUCCCUUGUUUUAUGUUUUUAAAUGUCAAACUUGUAGCAGGUGUUAUAUUCAGCUUAAUUGUGUUGUGGAAUUGCGUCUCUAGCUUGAGUGCCUUGAAGAAUUCAUGCUUGACUUUAUGGUAUUGAAAGAAGCCAUUUUGCCUGUCUACGUAAUUUUUUUAUGACAUGAGCUACCUUGUCUAAUUCCACAUUUCUUUCAGAUUUUAUGCCCUUCUAGCAUUCCUGUAUGUUCCUACACUGGGUAACUAAUUUUAAAUGGCUUGAUAGACUCUGCUUCCAUGUGGAUAUAUGACAGAAUUAAAAAUUCUAACCUUGCUCGUCAAUUUGACUUUAGUGCCACACAUUGGACAAUUUUAUUUUUGAAACAACUUGUCAUGUAAGUAUGUAAUCUGCAAAUCUACUUUGAUUGCUCAAUUAAAAUUUGCAGAUUUUCUAUUUUUAAAAUUGUACUCCUUGUUCAGCAAUUUGAUUUGGACUUAAAAAGGAUUGAAAUUUAGGAAAUAGUAAGGACUGUUGAUGCUGGAAGCCAGAGGCAAUAACUGUGGAGCUGGACAAACACAGCAGGUCAGGUAGCAUCAGACGAGCAGGAAUGUCAACGUUUUGGGCUGAAACCCUCUGUCAGAUCUGGGGAGGGGGAGGGGAUCGCAGAUAUAAAUGGAAGGGAGUGGGGCUGGGGAAAGGUAGGUGGGAUGAUGGUUGCAUGAAAGGGGUUAUAGUGAUUGGUCAGUGGGAGGGUAGAGUGGAUCGGUGAGUGGGAAGGUGGACAGGUCAGGGAGUUAGGACAUAGGAUAAGGCUGUAGAUGGAGGGAUUUUGAAGGUGGUGAGAUCAAUAUUUGGGGCUAAGAGCUAUAUCCUCCCCAGACGAAAUAUCAGAUCUUCCUCCAGUUCACGUCUAGCCUGACUCUGACAGUGGAGGAGGCCAAGGAUGGGCAUGUUGCCAGGGGAGGAGAAAUUAAAAUGGAUGGCAACUGGAAGGUCAAGUUGGUUGAUGCAUGCUGAGCGCAGAUGCUCUGUGAACUGGCCCACGAGUCUGUUUGUCUCUCCGAUAUAGAGAAGACCGCAUUGGAUGCAAUAAAUCAGGUUGGUUGAGAUGCAGGUGAAUCUGCUGGAUCUUGAAGGAUUGUUUGGACCCUUGGACGGACGUGAAUGGGGAGGUCUGGUGGUAGGUGUUGCAUCUGUUGAGUUUGCAGGGAAAGGUACCAGAUAUGGUGCAGAGGUUGGUGGCAAGUGUAGAGCUGAUGAGAGAGCCACAAAGUCUACUGUCUCUGCAGAGAGUGGACAUGGGUGGGGAAGGAAAUAUCUUUCUGGUGGAGAGAUCUGAUUGUAGGUGAUGGAAAUGCCUGAGGAUGAUGUGUUGGAUUUAGAAGUUGAUGGGGUCCUUAUUGUUGGUUUAAGGGAAGAAAUGGGGGAGAUAUGGUUGAGGGCAUCCUUAAUUACGGAGGAGGGGAAACCACUAUCUCUAAAGUAGGAGAAUAUCUGGAAUGUCCUGGAAUGGAACACCUCAUCCUGGGAGCUGAUGCAGCAAUGGAGAGUAUGGGAUGGCAUUUUUGCAGGAGAGUGGGUGAGAUGUGGUGUAAUCGAGGUAGUUGUGGGAGUUAGUGGGUUUGAAAUGAAUGUCAGUGGUGAAAUGGUUUCUGGCAGUGGAGACAGUGUCUAGGAAGGGGAGGGAGGUGUCAGAAAUGGUUCACGUGAAUUUGAGGGCAGGGUAGAAGGUAUUGGCAAAGUUGAUGAACUACUUGAGCUCCUCCAUACAGUCAUCGAUAUAAUGGAGAAAGAGGUGAGGGGUCCUGCUGGUGUAUUUGUGGAAGAGGGACUGUUCCACAAAGCCUACAAAGAGGCAGACAUAACUUUAGGCCCAUGUGGGUGCCCAUGGCCACUGCUUGGGAAGUAGGAAGAAUUGAAGGAAAAACUGUUGAGGGUGAGGACCAGACUGCCAAGUGAAUGAGAGUGUCAGUGAAGGGGGACUGAUUGGACCUAUGGGAGAGGAAGCAGAGGGCUUCUAGACCAUCCUUAUGGUGUAAAAGGACUGUAUGUGCAGAGUUUUAUUUUAAAUUUAUUCACAGAAUGUGGGCAUCGCUGGCUAGGCCAGCAUUUAUUGCCCAUCCCCAAUUGCCCAGAGGGCAGUUAAGAGUCAACCACGCUGCUGUGGGUCUGGAGUCACAUGUAGGCCAGACCAGGUAUGGAUGGCAGUUUCCUAAAGGACAUUAGUGAAUCUGAUGGGUUUUCCCAACAAUGGAUUCACAGUCAUCAUUUGAUCUUUAAUUCCAGAUUUUGUUUUAAUUGAAUUCAAAUUCCACCAUUUUCCAAUGGCAGGAUUUGAGCUCUGGUCCCUACUACAUUGUCUGGGUCUCUGGAUUAACAGUCCACUCGGCCAUUGCCUUCCCUGUGAAGAUGAGGUAUCAGGAUCCGAAGAAUUGAAAGUUUUGGAAAAGGUGGAGGAUGCGGGUUGUUUCACGAAUGUAGGUGGGAAGUUCCUGAACCAAAGGGGAACGAAUGGAGGCAAGGUAGGAGGAGACAAGUUUGGCAGGGCAGGAGCAGGCAGAGACAGUGGGUUGACCAGGACAGUUGGGUUUACGGAUUUUGGAUAGGAGAUAAUUUCCCAAUCCUGCAUCGCCAGUUUCUGUCAGGAUGGAGGCUGUGAACGGGCAAUCUCCUGAGGUGAUUAGGUUGUGGAUGAUCUGCGAGAUGAUGGCUUGGUGUUCGGAGGUUGUGUGAUGAUCGAGGCGUUAGUAGGGGGAGGUGUUAGUGAGUUCGCAUCUGGCCUCAGUGAUGUAGAAGUCAGUUUGCUGGCUACUACAGCGCUCCCCAUUAUCAGCAGGUUUAGUAGUGAGGUUGGGGUUGGAACAAAGGGAAAUGAGGGCUGUACAUUCCAAUGGGGAGAUGUUGGAGUCAGUGAAAGGUGUGGAGAGGUCCAAGCAAUUGAUGUUUUGGCAGCAGUUUGAGAUAGAGGACGAGAGCAGGUAGGAUGAACAUGUGAUGAUGAGGAUUUAAGUUUGCAUACCAGUUGAUGAAUAACUCAUUGAAUCGAAAUUGUGGUUCAUGUUCUUUUGUCUAAAAGGAAACCUAUACAGUUUAUAAGUAACAGAUUGAUGUGAAAAGCACCCUGAUGUCAAAGCCACUUGAAUCACGAUAUAAACUAAUGGUUUGAGCUGGAAAUUAACACUGGCCCUGAUGUUUCAAUUCUCACUGAAAAGGAGUGUCUUUUACAUUUUGUGCACUGCUUGAAUAUGAAAGUUCAGGGAAAAUAUUUUACUUUUUCAAUAAUUGGUUACUGUUUUUACACAUAUUAUGGAGAUGACUAAUUAAUUUUAAAUUAAUGUGUUUGAUUUUGCUAGAAUUGGCAAAUGUGAUAUGAAAUGUUUUGGAGUAACAGUGUAUUUGCUGUGCACCAUGCAUAUUUUAAGCUGAAUAUAAAAAAUAUUCUUUA